GCUCCGUGGUCUCCUUCGACGUUCUCGGUGCGCCGGUGCAGGGCCUCUGUCGACCGGGGACCUUGGCUAGCUUGGGGGGCGAUCAUCCCGACUGCAAAGCCGGCGGCUCGGCCUUUCAGGUACUCCCUGUGAAGGCACUGGCGACUCACCACCGUCAACGGGCCUAGCGUCUUGACGCUGCGAUCUUUAUGAUCCUGGACAGGAACCUCGUCGUUACACACCGAGACCUCCGCUACGAUCCGCCAAGCCCUAGUGUAUUUGGCAGUCUCGAGCCGAGCGUACGAGGUGGCUCAUCGAGUCAUUAUCGGCGCUCCCGACUUCAGUUAUGCUGAAGUCGCGAGACGUACGUCAAAAGAAAUAGGCAACCAGAAUUCUAUCUGCACGCGUUGACUUCUCCGCCGACCCGGGGUCGCUGACUCUCUUGGACCGAACGAGGCGUCAUUCGCAUAGAACUCGAACAUCUGUGCUUGCUUGUGUGUGGUUGGGAUUGCCCUUCGCCCUAGCGUCGCCCUUGUGGCAGAACACGGUGUAACUACCGUCGAUACCGUCAGAAUGACGACGACGAUGCCGACUUCGCCGGUCUCGGGUGAGCUGUACGAAGACGUUCUGCGUCGAUCGGCAGCUUGCGCGCCCUUUGUGGUGCGCCCCGGGACAGAAGGCUUAGAACGCCAGACAAUCCAAGGACAUCUUACUGGGCCGCUUCGCUAUAGGACGCUCGAGGGUCUCACGGUCUUUCGAGGUCCCCGCAUCCCCGCUAGGUUGCACGAGGCUCAACACCCAGCAGGUCCUUGGACGGUACGAAGUACCACGCAGGUCGCCGGACCUGGUCUCGAUGAGACUUCGCUCGACGGAGCAUACGGACGCUCGAUUGGAGCAAACGCUCAGAUGGAGCAUACGACGCUCGAAUGGAGCACAGCACGGAUCGUGUACGGCGCUCGACGGAGCAGCCACCGGACGCUCGCCGGAGCAGGUUCGGAACGCUUGAAGAGCGUAUACGGAACGCUCGAAUGAGCUUGAAAGUACCUCUGCUGGGGGCCCCGGAACAUGCGUGAAAGCUCCGCGCUUUCGCUGUUCUGUGAGAAGCGCUGCUUCGCCUGGGUCGCGUACCCGAGAUUCCCAACUCUCGUGUUGGUGGUGCGUCGGAAGAGUGGACGCUGUCCUCUUCUUGGAUGUCAUCUGGUGGCGCGAGAGGUUCGAGACAUGUGCGCAUGUCCGUGCGUCGGGCUGCACGCCCAGCGGGAUGCCCUGUUCAACCUUCGCGCUGCGGAUCCGCCUGAGUGCGGUAUCCAGCGGCGUCGGCUUCAUGCCGGCAGCUGGGUCGGCCCUGCUGGGUCGACUUAGUUAGACCGCAUAAUUUUUGGACUCCCCUUCCUUCUUCGCGAGGGAUAGCGGCGACCCGUUAGCUGCGUCUUCGGAUGCAGAUUUGCGCGGUCGUCCGCUCGGUUUCGUUUGUUGUAGUGGGUAUUUGUAGUUUGUAGACAGAUGUAGC